GUUCUGCAUGGGUCUGGCAGAGCAGGACACGUGGUGAUUCAAGUCUCUGGAGGCUUGGCGACUUCCAAAGCUGCACCUGUCGUUGCCGCCCUACCCCCUAGGUGGUUGCUGCGAGUUGGCCAAGGGCUGUUUGGAGAUCCGGAACAAGCCAAUCUUGGUCCGCUAGCGAUGACCUGGAAGACUUCUGUCUCCAGUAUCACCUUCCUGCCGGGAAGCACUCGACUGGGCUAUUGCCCGCAAGGUGCCGACUGCGAUUUGAACAGGACAACGCUUUCGAUGGGGACAUACACGGCGAUUCUGCCCGUGGGCUUUGCAGAGUUCCACGGUGAUGCGGUGUGGACCAAGAGGGGGGAGCAGCUUUCUGUGUUGAACUCUGCGGCAAGCACUACAAGUGUGGCCUUUUCGGAGCACGCCCCGCUGGCUGUGGGUGAGGAAGUCACGCUUUGCUCCAAUUGCCCUCUGGCCACAGUUCCCUGGAGCGUACCGCGAUUUCCCAAUGGGGAUUUGGAGACCUUUGUGCCGUGCUCGCCGGUGACUUUCUAG